GGCAAGCGGCACGCCGAGAGCCCGACGCGGCUGGUUGCCGCACGCAAAGCGCUCACCGCUGCGCCAUUCGCGGGUCGCAUCGUGUGGACUCGGGCUCUGGACAGCGAGCGCACGCCACAGGACGCCGUCGCCGCGCUUAAGCUCGUGCACACUGUCGAGCACCUGCGAGCCGUCCAGGGCCUCUCCCAGAGCGGCGGCGGCGGGUUUGAUAUGGACACGUACUGCGCGCCCGGCUCGUGGGAGGCGAUGCUGGACGGCACGCGUGCCUGGCUGCACGCGACGGCGCUCGCAGCGGAGGCGCGCGGCCCGGCGGUCGCCCUGUCUCGGCCGGCGGGCCACCACGCCACUGCGAGCGUCGCGAUGGGCUUCGGACUCGUGAACUUUGCUGCCGCGGCCACUGCUGCGCUCCUCACGGCGCGGCCGGAGGCGAGAGUCUCGAUCCUCGACUGGGACGUCCACUAUGGGAACGGCGUCGCCGACCUGCUCCGCGAGGAGCCGCGAGCGCUGUACUGCUCGCUGCACGAGUUCGGCGGCUUCCCCGGCGGCGGAGAGGAGGAGCAGCAGCGCGGCCCGCGGGGCAACCUGCUGCGGCUGCCGCUUCCCCGCGGCUCGGGAAGAGAGGCAUUCCUUUCCGCGCUGCGGGACAAGGCCCUCCCGUUCCUGCUGGCCCGCCCUCCUGACGUCCUGCUCGUCUGUGCGGGGUACGACGGCUUGCUGGCCGACCCUCUUGCAACGAUGGAGCUCAGCCCCGCCGACUAUGGCGAGGCUGUGAGGGCGGUGCUGGACGAGCACGGCUUCCCGGCGGAGCGAGUGGCGAUCGGCCUCGAGGGCGGCUACGCGCUCGAC